UCUUUCCCGGCGGUCCCCGCGCCCAAGAUGCCUGACAGGAGCUUCCGGCGGGCGGGCGAGAGGCUCCGCUCUGGCGGUAGGUUGGGCCUGGCGGGGAGGUGCAGUGGCCUCGGCUCCUACAGUGACGGGCGGUGUGUGGUGUCCCUUGGCAGGGUGUGAGGUGUGACGGUAGGGGCCAGCCGGAGGUCCCGCGGAACAGCGCGCCGCCGUGGAUGAGAGUCUCGUUAGGAGGGAGGAGGUCCCCGAGCCCGGCUGGGAGCCAUGGCCGCGGUGGUGGCCAAGCGCGAGGGGCCACAGUUCAUCAGCGAAGCAGCGGUGCGGGGGAACGCUGCCAUCCUGGACUAUUGCAGGACGUCGGUCUCGGCCCUGUCGGGCGCCACGGCAGGGAUCCUCGGCCUAACUGGCCUGCACGGCUUUAUCUUCUACUUCCUGGCAUCCGUCCUCCUCUCCGUGCUCUUGGUGUUAAAAGCCGGACGGCGAUGGAAUAAGUACUUUAAAUCCCGAAGGCCGCUUUUCACGGGGGGGCUUAUAGGAGGGCUCUUCACAUAUGUCCUGUUCUGGACUUUCCUGUACGGCAUGGUUCAUGUCUACUAAACCACCUAGGAGCCACGGUAGCUGCAGUGAUUUUUAAUGAAGCAAGACUGUUGCCAAAAGUCAUCUACACAACUAGGCCAGCUUACCUUUAAACCUUUGUCCAUUGCUUGUAUUGUUAAUACCGUUGGUAAAUUAUGUCCAAGUACAAAUGACUCGGUAGCACUGUUCUAAUUAAACUGAAUGUGAAGCACCACGUGGAUGCCUCCCAUGAAUAUUUGGUGGCUGA